GCAUAGCCAACCCUAGCUUGAUAUGGUGUCGAUAACACAUCUUCUCGGUCCUCCGCAAAACACAUUCAUGCAGGGGGUUUGUCUUGGCGGCAGCAAACAAGGAUUCCUCCCUUCAACGGCAUCCCAUGCAUCGUCCAGAGGACUCACCGAUAUUCCGCCUCAAAGACAAUCAUCCCUUGCGAUAACUUGUCUGAGUCCUUCCUAUGAGUACAUUAUCGUAGCUCCUUGCUAGAGACCCAUACUCUACAGCUUCGUAGGUACCGACCAAGUAUGACCUCCAGUAAGCCCCUCAAAUAUCUAGCUACCCUGCUCUGCUCGCUCUUGCCGACAUUGGCGGUUUCCCACGACGCAGUGCAGGAUCUUCUGCUUAGCGUUCCUCGGGCAGAGAAGAUACGGGAGUGGUCUCAUUACUACACAAACGCAUCACAUCUUCCUGGUCAAGGGCUUGAACAGGGUCAGUGGACGAAAGACUUGUGGGAGGGAUUUGGCAUCGAGACAAACCUCACUACUCACGAAGUGAAUUUGACGUAUCCCGGCGACCAUCGUGUUGCAUUACUGGAUCUCAGUCACAAGGAUCACUUAAUUCUAGAGGCGCGUCGAAUCGAGGAUACUGCACCGGGUGCAGGCCAGGGCUUGAAACCAUUCAUCCCGAGCUUUUUCGCAUGGGCAGGUGUUGGCAAUGUCACAGCGCAAUAUAUUUUUGCCAACUUUGGAUUACGUGAGGACUAUGACGAUCUGAUCAAGGCGCAUGUCACCGUCCGGGGUAGGAUUGCAGUCGUCAAGACCGUUUUUGGGUCGUCUCUUCUGCGACAACUUCAUAUGGGAGUCCAUCGCCAAGAGCAGAUGAAGGCCGCAGAAGAGUACGGUCUCGCUGGAUUGAUUGUGUACACUGAUCCCCAGCUGGACGGUGAAAUCACCGAAGCCAAUGGAUAUGCGGCGUUUCCGGAAGGGCCAGCUCGUCCAUCGAGCAUGAUCGAACGUGGAGUCAUCACCUUUGCAGGCUCCACAUCAACCGUGCCGGCCAUGCCCAUAUCCUUUGCUGAUGCCAUUCCAAUUCUUCGGGCUUUGAACGGCUAUGGCCCUUCUGCCACAGAGUUUGGUGAGCGAUGGCAAGGCGGGGGACUGGGUUAUAAAAACGUUCAAUAUAAUGUCGGUCCGUCCCCUAGUAACAUCGUGCUGAAUAUAUGUAACAAACCGACCUUUACCGAUGGGCACGUGCACCAUGUCAUCGGUACCAUUCCAGGCAGCACAUUCCCAGAUGAGGUUAUUAUGUUGGGAACCCAUCGCGAUUCCUGGGGUCCCGGGGCUGGUGAUGGUUCUAGUGGAUCUUCCGCCCUGAAUGAAGUAGCCAGGAGCUUUGGCACAGCGUUGACCCAAGGGUGGCAGCCUUCUAGAACAAUCAUGAUAGCCAGCUUCGAGGGACUCGAGUUCAGUUUGCCGGGUACAAAAGAUUGGUGGGAACAGAACCAGUGGCUGAACGACAGUGCUUUCGCAUACCUGGAUGUUGUUUCUGCUGGUGCAGGUAGCAAGUUCCAUGUGCAAGGAAGCCCUCUUCUUGGACGGGCAAUGCGUUAUGGUGCUGGCUUGGUAUUGGAUCCCAACACAAAAGCUAAGAACCAAACUAUGCUCGACGUGUGGGGUGGCGAAGUGUCAUUAGGAACGGGUGGAGACGGGUCAAUCCUGCUGGGAACAGCUCUUUUGUCAAGCGUGGACUUUGGAUUCUCAGCAGGGGAAGGGGAUACUCCAUUUCCAUAUCAUUCUCUCUACGAUACGGACGAGUGGAUGGAUCGUUAUGGGGAUCCGAACCGUGAUUAUCACCUAACUACAACGAAGAUAUGGUCCCUUGCGGUCUUUGCUCUUGCCAGCGACGUGUUACUCCCUGUGACGGUCAACGAAUACGCCGUUCUCCUGCAAGGUUCUCUGAAAUCAGUGAAUAUGCCAGGCCUCGAUCUCUCCUCUAUGGAGAGAGCCAUUCGUGAUUUGAAUCAAGCGACCUUGGCAUUUGAUGCGUAUGCCGACUAUCUGGGUAGCCAGAUAUCAGCUCAUCCAGAUGAGCCCAAGCUUCUCUCCAAGGCUGGAGAAGUAAACCACAGGUACAUCGAGAUCGAGCGGCUGUUCGCCGACCCUCACCCUCAACCGGGAUCCAGUCACCACCUGAUUAUCCCCCGGGUACCGUAUUACUUUCAAUCUAGCGCAUUUCCUGCGCUGCAGCAGAGCAUCGCUGCGGGUAAUUUGUCUGCCGCUGAAGUAAGUCACUUUCGGUAUUGUGUUUGUCUAUACUAAUCAAUGUGAUUUACCAGACGUACCGAGACAUAAUAGUCGG